AUGACAAUUCAACUCCUCACAAUUCUUAGCAUCAUCGCUCCCACGUCUCUUUUUGGCCCUGCAAUCAAACACAGCGGAAGAAGUUAUCCACAUCCAAAAGGCCGCCAGGAAGUAGAAGGGAAUGGCCCUGCAGCAGGAGUAACUGACUUACUCCCUCCGCCUAUUGUGCACGAGCCCGUUCUUAGUUCAACUCAUGCCAGCUUCCAGGACACUGUACCACCUACCAGUCCUAUGCUGACAGGAAUAGAAGACCAAGCCCCUGCGAUGAGGACUCCGACAAUAUCACAUUAUGCCUCUCCUACGGCAGUCAUCCAGAUGGCGGUUGCAACGGUCUGUCCCGAUACGCCGUCGUCGUCACCGAUUUUCCCCCUUCUGGCCCUCGAUCUCGCCUCCUACGAUGCCACAAACACAAUGCAAGCUACUCAACCCACUAUAACGAGUUAUGUUCCCAUCUACGUCAAUGCAACAGUGUUUCUCACGAACGGCAGCAGCACUGUCUUCCUUUCUCUCAGCACAUCCACUGCCACAAUUAGCCCAUACUAUCAAUAG